AUGGCCGACGCAGCAGUGACUGUUGGCCGUACAGGCGACUACGUCCUUAUUUCUAAGCCCAAGAAGGGCAUUGCCUACGUCGAAGCCCGAUUCAAAGAAGACAAGAUCCCCUCGCACACCGACAGGGGCUGCCAACUGCUCCUCUCCAGGCUCGAACAAGAAUGGAUCCAUAAAGGUGUUCCCGGCGACAUGUUCCAUUCUCUCCGCGUUGUCGAGUUUCAGGGUCUUGACCCGACUACCCGGGUCGUCUCCAUUCGCGAUGUUGCUAUCAAAGUCAACCUGUACGGUCGCACCCCGGAGUCGCCAUCAUCGUCUGAUGAUGAGAUUGUGACCAUGCUGCCCAACUCCACACUCGACGGCCUCUGGGAACUCCUGGUUAUUGACCAUGCUGUUCAACCUCAGCUUUUCUAUCUGAUGCACAGUCUCGGCGAAGCUGGCCCGCGAUGA